AUGUUUCAGGUGAAUCAGCUGAUCCAAAAAUAUCGUAAUUUUUCGCAAACGGGACGACUCCGACAACAUAAUGGAGGAACUUCUGAAGAGUCUGCAGAUUUACUUGGACCCGAAACCGGUGAAGCCCUUGCUGCACCAACAUCAUCUACCGUACCAUUAGACUUCACUACAGACGAUUUUUUGGACCAGAAAUGUAAAGAUAUGACGAGUACCAGCACAGAAUUCGCAGAUGUUCCUUUCAUUGGAUUUGACAGGUCCAUGACCCCAGCCUUACCGAGAAAAGUGAAGUCACCAUCACAGCCGACUGCUUCCGUUUUAGACGAUCUCAGUACCCUGAUCGAUGGGGAUCUUUUUGCUGCAAAACCAGCAUCUCCAGCUACGUUUAAGCCAGCCAAGCCAACCCUAAAUGAUCUCUGCACUUCAUCAUCGGUCUCAAAUGUCUCCAUAAGUCCGCUAGAUGCUCUAGCAAAAUCUAAUUUCGAGAGCGAAUUGCUUUCAAUAUUGCCAGAAAAGAUCUCAUUCGAUCCAAGAUCAGUACAAAUAGCUUGCACGCCUCCAAAAACGGUGCUAAACAAACAAAAUAUCCUUAUAAUGUUAUAUAACUGCGUCCCUCAACCAAAUCCUACUACUCGCAGUUUUAUAGUAGCGAUUAUCAAUGCAAAUGUGGACACACUUAGGCAUCUUCGAUUGAGCAUGAGCACAUCUAAUAAGAAAGCCUCUGUUCGCCUCGAAGACAAAGGUCCAAUCGAUUUGGUUGGUGUGUCACCGUUGGCCCCUGUAGCCACAGUGUAUUUGAUGCUCUACGUGCUCUUACUGGAUGAAAUUCACGAGGUGGACUUGGAUUUCUCGUUGACGUAUACACAACAAUUUGAAAGGUCAAUAACUGGAAACAUUGUUCUUCAGCUGUAA